AUGCCAUCUGUGAUGGAUGAUCAGGCCGCCGCCAGAGCCGUCUUCCGGGUGCUCUACGACCAGCAGCGCCGCCUCGAGGCCGCCCUCCGCGGCGCCGGCGUGGCGGUGGAGCCGCCCUUUGUCGGCGAAGCCAUGCCGCACGUGUUUCCGCUCUUUGCGACCGCGGCGUGGGGCCCGGGCCUGCACACGGGCGACGCCUCCCCCCCCCACCCCGCCGUCGAGUCGGUCGAGGCCGCUGCGGCGGGCGCGUCGCCCGUGCUCGACCGGAUCGCGUCCAUCUUCCCCGAGAGCGAGCGGCCGCUCGUGCUCGACGGCGGCUUGGGCACUUGGCUCGAGUUGCUCGGCAGGGACGCGCUCGCCACGCUGCCCGACAUUGUCACUUACGCGCCCGACGCGCUGCGGUCGGCGCAUGCGGACUUCGUGGCGGCGGGCGCCGACGCGCUCGUCGCGCUGCUCGACAUCGACGAGGACGCGGCGGCGAGGCUGGUCGCGCGUUCGGUGACGCUGGCGCGCGACGGCACACGCGCCGCGUUGCGCCGGCUGUCGCAAGGGAGCGGCGGCAUAUGCGGCGGAGGAGGAGGAGGCGGCGGCCGCUUGCCACAAGGGCCGUAUGGCGCGAGCGUCGAGGGCGAGUCGGAGUACUCUGGCCGGCUUGGCGCGCCGGCGCUGGCGGCGUGGCACGCGUGGCGAGCGGGCGCCGACGUGCUCGCCUUCGAGACGGUCCCUUGCGUCACCGAGGUUGUGGCACUUUGCACGCUGCUGCAGUCGCGGCCGGCGGCGCGCGCCUGGCUGUCGCUCGCGUGCCGCUCUGCCGCCGCGCGGGCGGCUGGCUGGGUGGCGGUCGGUCCGGACGGCGCGCCCUCCGCGGAGAGCGCCGCCGCCGGCGCGGAGCGCUUCGGCCGCCUGGCGAGGCAGUGGGCGGCCGACGGGGCGGUCCUCAUCGGGGGCUGUUGCCGCACCCGCCCCGACCACAUCGCCGCGGCGCAAGAGGCUCUCGCCAGUAUCGUUUUUGACAUUGUUCUCACCGCGAGACUCGACUUCUAUCUCUUGAUAAAAGCUGACUGA